GGGCAUCGUUCAAAACGUUUUGUCAGCGAAAGAAAUGGAAAAACUGCUUCCCGAAAAAGACCUGGAAUUGUACAGGAAGAAGUUAAAAUGCUUGCUGUAAGUGAUGAUGAAAGUGAUGAUUCGAGAAAUGUCAGGAACGGUAGUAGUGGAAGGAAAGUUUUAAAAUUGGACGACGUUGUUGCGGAUGAGAUCUCAAGCUCCGAUGACGAAGGACAAAGGCGAUCACCGGUUAAAAAGCCAAAAAUUCUGAUUACUGAAGAAAUUUCGGAUGAUUCUGGCACAGAACGAAAUGAAUCGGGCUCGCUUGUUGAAGAGGAUGGAGAGCUCAGUUUGGUUUCGGAAGAUGAUGUUGUUCAGUGUGACCAAAUCUCAGACGACGAAGGUGACAACAACGAUGACGAUGAUGGCAAUGAUGACCAUGAAGGUACUGUCGACCGCGUUUGUGUCACAACAGUUGUUGAUCCCAAUGAUUUAGUCGAUAUCAGUGACGAGGAGCUGGAAGAAAAAGACGACAUCAACAUCAGUUCAGGGUAG